UUUCAAUGGGUUGGAAAGAAACAUGAUUACCUGAGGGAGGGAUCAUGGUUCUACGGAUGAUGUAUUGGAUAGAACAGCCUGCACUAGUGGAGCUUCCCUGACAACCCCACAUGUGAUUAAAUCCCCCUCCUCCCCUCUUCCGAGGGGUAUAUAUAUACGUUCUCUAUAUCCCUCUUUCUACCACUCUUACCAUCACAAAAAAAAAAAGCCACCUCUCUGAUUUUUCCUGCAAGACAAGGGAAACUUUUGCACCAAAAUAACUCAAUUAAGAACAACUCACAUCCAACAAAUCAUCCAUCAUGGUUAAAGCUGCUGUUCUCGGAGCCUCGGGUGGCAUUGGCCAGCCCUUGUCUCUUCUGCUGAAGACCUGCCCUCUGAUUGAUGAGCUUGCCCUCUACGAUGUCGUCAACACCCCUGGUGUUGCCGCUGACCUUUCCCACAUCUCCUCCGUCGCUAAAAUCUCCGGAUUCCUGCCCAAGGAUGAUGGCCUCAAGAACGCCCUUACCGGCACUGACAUUGUUGUGAUUCCCGCUGGCAUUCCCCGCAAGCCCGGCAUGACCCGUGACGAUCUUUUCAAGGUCAAUGCCAGCAUUGUGCGCGACCUGACCAAGGGCAUCGCCGAAUUCUGCCCCAACGCCUUCGUUUGUAUCAUCUCCAACCCCGUCAACUCCACCGUCCCCAUUGCCGCCGAGGUUCUCAAGGCCGCCGGCGUCUUCAACCCCCAGCGCCUCUUUGGCGUCACGACGCUCGACGUCGUUCGCGCGGAGACCUUCACCCAGGAAUACUCGGGCGCCAAGGACCCCUCCACCGUCCAGAUCCCCGUGGUCGGCGGUCACUCUGGCGAGACUAUCGUUCCCCUGUUCAGCAAGACUUCCCCGAGCUUCCAGAUCCCCGAGGACAAAUACGAGGCUUUGAUCAAGCGUGUCCAAUUUGGUGGUGAUGAGGUCGUCCAGGCCAAGGAUGGUGCUGGCUCCGCCACCUUGUCGAUGGCUUUCGCUGGCUUCAGAUUCGCCCAGAGCGUUAUCAAGGCCGCCAAGGGCCAGUCCGGAGUUGUCGAACCGACCUUCGUUUACUUGCCUGGUGUUCCUGGCGGUGACGCCAUUGCCAAGGCCGUUGGCGUUGAUUUCUUCUCUACUCAAGUGCAGCUCGGACCCAACGGUGCCGAGAAGGCUAUCAACAUCCUUGAAGGUGUAACCGAGAAGGAGACCCAGCUGCUGAAGGCCUGCACGGAUGGCCUCAAGGGCAACAUUGCGAAAGGCGUCGAAUUCGUCAACAGCCCCCCGCCAAAGUAAAUACACCCACCCCCCCAGCACAUCUGCACACAUGAUCCCCUUUUGCCGGCCGGUUGCUUGAUAUCGCACCUUUGGUGUCUUCGACGGAACAUACUUUUGUGGCUCCAUCGACUCGCAGAUCUCCGAUAUGGAAAGAGCCCUACUAAUCAUUAUCAUCCCGAAAGAUAGGCUUUGAAAGAAUGAAACGAAUUGCUGGAGCCCCGUGAUGAAUGAUAUCGGGUGUGCAAAAAGCAAGGAUGUAGAC